GCUUCUUCAACAACAACACCGCUACUGAUUCAGCCAUCUCUGUACCGGUAGCUUGUUAGCCAACAUAUAACCGAACCAUUGCAUCACUUUAGACCAUUUUUUUGUAUAGCUACAUGAAUAGUAGUGUUUUAAACCCAAUUCGGAUAACGUAUGUACUAGUUGAUUUAAACGGAAUUUGCAAUUUAAGAUUGAUACUGAGCCUAGCACCAGGGCAGUCGCUCAUGCUAGCUAGCUAACAUCCCCGACAAUGAGCUCACAAAGCUUCUCCCCCGCUGCUGAAAAAGAGGUCUGCUGGACAGAGAAAGAACCUCUGGGGCUGAACAUUGUCGUAAAAGAAGAAGACGGGGAUACAGUAAAAGGAGAGGAAGAAGCUUUCAGAACGACGAAGGAGAAAGAGGAGGCUAUCACAUUGAAAGAAGAAGAGGGGGCUGUUAUGGUGAACGAAGAGAAAGGACCUUUUGUAGUGAAAGAGGAGGUAGACGAAUUCAGAAUGAAAGAGGAGACUAUCACAUUGAAAGAAGAAGAAGAAGAAUAUUGUAUAAUGAAGGAGGAAGAGAUAGCUAUCUCAAUAAAGGAGGAGGAAGACGUUUUGGAACUGAAAGAGGAGGCAGGAGGGGAGACUGAAGACACGAAACCAAGGGAAAAUGCUGUUUUCUGGCCCUCCCAGGGCUGUAUAGUGAAAGAGGACAUCAGAAAGAUACAGGAAGAAUAUAGUGUAGCUCCCAUGAGUCCCAGCCAGACUGUUGAUGAUGAUGGCAAUGUUAUUCACUGCAAUGAAGAAUGGGACAUGGAGGACAAGGAUUGGUUUCCUAGCAACCGGUUGGAGGACACGUCUUUCCCGCCCCCCUUCCCUCUCCCGGAGUCCCCAGGGCGUGCCUCACUGUGGGGUCUGAAGAGGGUGUCUGUGUGGCUAGUUGAUUGCAGGAAAACACCAGGGCUGAGUGGAACUGCGAGAGAAGGAGAUGAAAAGGGAGAUUCAGAUUCAAUGUCAUCAGGAGAGAGACUGGACUCUCACUCGAACAGCGGAAAGUGUACUUCAGGGGAACCAGACCCAGAGAUGCCCAAAGCAGCGAGACAACACUGCUGCUCGCAGUGUGGAAAGAGUUUUACUAAGUUACGGAACCUAAAAGAUCAUGAAAGAAUACACACAGGAGAAAAGCCUUACCACUGCUCACAAUGUGAAAAGAGUUUUACUCAGUCGGGGCACCUGAAAACACAUGAGAGGACGCACACAGGAGAAAAGCCUUACCCAUGCUCCCAAUGUGGAAAGACUUUUACCCGGCUAGGGCACCUUAAAGACCAUAAGAGAACGCAUAAAGGGGAGAAGCCGUACCACUGCUUUCAGUGCGGAAAGAGUUUCACCCAGUCAGGGAACCUGAGAACGCAUGAGAGAAUACACACUGGGAAAAAAAACACACACACUGUAGAGAGGCCUUUCCAAUGCGCUCAGUGUGGAAAGAGAUUUAUCCGGUCAACUCAUCUGAAAGAGCAUAAGAGAACACACACAGGAGAAAAAACAUUCCAAUGCACUCAGUGUGGAAAGGGUUUUACUUGGUUAUGGACCCUGAAAGACCAUGAAAGAACACACACAGGAGAUAAGCCUUUCCAAUGCUUCCUGUGUGGAAAAAGUUUUACCCAUUUAGGGAACUUAAAAAUGCACAAGAGAAUACACACAGGAGAGAAGCCUCACCACUGCUCCCAGUGUGGAAAGAGUUUUACCCAGUUAGGGCACCUGACAACACAUGAGAGGACACACACAGGAGAGAAGCCUUUCUACUGCUCCCUGUGUGGAAAGAGUUUUACUGAGUUAGGGAGCCUGAAAAAACAUAACAGAAUACACAAAGGAGAGAAGCCUUUCCAGUGCUCCCUGUGCGGAAAGAGUUUUACCCAGUUAGGGAGCCUGAAAACACAUGAGUGGACACACACAGAAGAGAAGCCUCACCUCUGCUCACAGUGUGGAAGGGGUUUUGUUGAGUUAAGGGGCCUGAAAGAGCACGAGAGAAUACAUACAGGGGAAGAGAAAACAUACCACUGUUCUCAUUGUGGGAAGGGUUUCGGGCGAUCAGGGCAUCUAAAAGUGCAUGAAAGAACACACACUGGCGAGAAGCCGUAUCAGUGCUCUCAGUGUGAAAAGAAAUUUUUCUCAUCAGGGGACCGGAAAUCACAUGAGAGAACACACUUAGUAGAGAGGCAGAGGGCUUUCCAAUGCUCUCAGUGUGGGAAGAGAUUCAUCCAGUCAUCUCAUCUGAAAGAUCACAUGACAAUACACACAGGAGAAAAACCAUUCCAAUGUUCUCAGUGUGGAAAAGGUUUUACCAGGUUAAGGAGACUGAAAACACAUGAGAUGACACACACAGGAGAUAAAUAAUCCUUUCAAAUCCUCUUAGUGUGAAAAAGCUUUUACCCGGUUAGGACACCUUAAAAUGCAUGAGAUGACAUGCAGGGAAGAAGCCUUUCCACUGCUCCCAGUCUGGAAAGAGUUUUACCUAGUCAAGAUACUUGAAAAAUACAUGCGCUAACACACUUUGCAGAGAAUCCUUGAAUAAAUCCACACUGCAGGAAAAUAGAUUUUUAUAUGAUUAAGUUAACUCAUUGAUCCUGCUUUGUUGUAUACCCCUCAGGUCUAAGUUUGCGAAAAGGAAGCCAGGCCUAGUCCUUGCCGUUCUGCCACUCUAGGCGAGAAAAUAAAUUGCCGCCAUCGUCUCUCCGCAAAACUACAAUAGUGUGCCGUGUCCACCCAGUGGUGGAAAAAGUACCCAAUUGUCAUACUUCAGUAAAAGUAAAGAUACUGUACCUUAAUAGAAAAUGACUCAAAAGUGCACGUCACCCAGUAAAUUACUACUCGAGUAAAAGUAUUUGGUUUUAAAUAUACUUAAGGUUGAAAAGUAAAUGUAAUUGCAAAAAUAUACUUAGUGCAUUCGGAAAGUAUUCAGACCCCUUGACUUUCCACAUUUUGUUACUUUACAACCUUAUUCUAAAAUGUAUUAAAUUGUUUUUUUUCCCCUCAUGAAUCUGCACACAAUACCUCAUAAUAACAAAGCAAAAACAAGUUUAGAUGUUUUUGCAAAUGUAUAAAAAACAAAAUGGAAAUAUCACAUUUACAUAAGUAUUCAGACCCUUUACUCAGUACUUUGUUGAAACACCUUUAGCAUCAAUUACAGCCUCAAGUCUUCUUGUAUAUGAUGCUACAAGCUUGGCAUACCUGUAGUUGGUUCAAGUCCCGGGCUCUGGCUGGGCCACUCAAGGACAUUCAGAGACAUGUCCCGAAGCCACUCCUACGUUGUCAUUGCUGUGUGCUUAGGGUCGUUGUCCUGUUGGAAGGUGAAUCUACGUCCCUGUCUGAAGUUCCUGAGCACUCUGGAUCAGGUGUUCAUCAAGGAUCUCUCUGUACUUUGCUCUGUUCUUCUCUCCCUUGAUCCUGGCUAGUCUCCCAGUCCCUGCCGCUGAUAAACAUCCCCAGAGCAUGAUGCUGCCACCACCAUGCUUCACCAUUGGUUUCCUCCAAAGAGUUUAAUCGUGGUUUCAUCAGAACAGAAUCUUGUUUCUCAUGGUCUGAGAGACUUUAGGUGCCUUUUGGCAAACUCCAAGCAGGCUGUCCAUGUGCCUUUUACUGAGGAGUGGCUUCCAUCUGGCCACUCUACCAUAAAGGCCUGAUUGGUGGAGUGCUGCAGAGACGGUUGUCCUUCUGGAAGAUUCUCCUAUCUCCACAGAGGAACUCUGGAGCUCUGUCAGUGACCAUCAGGUACUUGGUCACCUCCCUGACCAAGGCCCUUCUCCCCAGAUUGCUCCGUUUGGUCAGGCGACCAGCUCUAGGAAGAGUCUUGGUGGUUCCAAACUUCUUCCAUUUAAGAAUGAUGGAGGCCACUGUGUUCUUGGGCACCUUCAAUGCUGCAGAAAUGUUUUUGUACCUUUCCCCAGAUCUGUGCCUCGACACAAUCUUCUCUCGGAGCUCUGUGGACAAUUCCUUUUACCUCAUGGCUCGGUUUUUGCUCUGACAUGCACCGUCAACUUUGGGACCUUAUAUAGACAGGUGUGUGCCAUUCCAAAUCAUGUCCAAUCAAUUGAAUUUACCACAGGUGGAUUCCAAUCAAGUUGUAGAGACAUCUCAAGGAUGAUCAAUGGAAACAGGAUGCACCUGAGCUCAAUUUCGAGUAUCAUAGCAAAGGGUCUGAAUACUUAUGUAAAUAAGGUAUUUCUGUUUUUUCUUUGUCAUUAUGGGUUAUUGUGUGUAGAUUGAUGAAGAAAAAAAACAUUUAUUUAGUCAGUUUUAGAAUAAGUCUGUAAUGUAACAAGAUGUAGAAAAGCCAAGGUGUCUGAAUACUUUCUGAAUGCACUGUAAGUAUCAAAGUAACAGUAUAAAUAAUUUAACAUUCCUUAUAUUAAGCAAACCAGAUGCCAUGAUUUUCCUGUUUGUAUUUUUUAAAUUUAAGGAUAGACGGGCACACUCCAACACUCAGACAUAAUUUACAAACAAAGAAUUUGUGUUUAGUGACUUUGCCAGAUCAGUGGCAGUAGGGAUGACCAGGGAUGUUCAUUUGAUAAGUGUCAAUGUUUUAAAAUGUAACUUUUAUUUAACUAGGCAAGUCAGUUAAAAACAAUUUCUUAUUUACUAUGACAGCCAAACCCGGACGACGCUGGGCCAAUUGUACGCUGCCCUAUGGGACUCCCAAUCACGGCCGGUUGUGAUACAGCCUGGUGUCUGUAGUGAUGCCUCUAGCACGGAGAUGCAGUGCCUUAGACCGCUGCGCCACUUGGGAGCCCAUUUUAGUAACAAGUUAUUUUGGGUGACAGGGAAAAUUCAUGGAGUAAAAAGAAAACGUAAAAAAUAUAAAUAGUAAAGUACACACACACCCCAAAAAGACUUAAGGUGUACUUUUGAAUUAUUUUUACAACGUGGUACCAUUUGUAAAACAUGCAGUUGCAUUGGAUUUAUUAGUCCUGGUGUUAGUCCUGGUUCCUGACAAAGGUUUUUCUAUUUAAGCUUUGAAUAUCAAUUCCCCAAGUUUAUCAGGCUUUAUCUUGAGACUAUUUGCUAUGAGAAUCAAUGUGUUUACACAGCGGGAAAUGCAGAUGUAUUUUCUUCGCUAUAAUCAGCUGGUCAAAACUUCAGGGAUACAAAUCUUAAACACUUAUCUAUUUUAUUACUGUGGUGAACUUAGCUUUAAAUUGAAGAUUCUGACUUUACUCGUCAAUACCUCAACAGAACAUGCCAGGAAAAUUAUAAAAAUGUAAUUCUAAAUCAGCUGACAAUAGUGAACAAGUUCCACCCCUUGUUUUAACAUAUUUACUUUUUGGAGACAAAAUGUAGCUAAAACAUUGCUCUCCUCUGCUGCAAGGGUUUAGGGACCCAUUUUAAAACAGAAACGCUUACUAUAGCAUGUUAAUGAACAAUGUCAAUACCUUCUCAACCACAGACAUACCCAGAUAACACAUUUAGGUUCUGGCAAUAGUCACUGAAGGUUGUGGGAACGUUCCCCGAACGUUGCACCAAUGUUCCCUAAAGGUUUAAACGGAUGGUUUUCUUAACAUUCUUAUAACGUUCUCUUUUGGUUUUACAAAGAUAGCGGGGCACGUUCUCUGAAGUUUACACUGUAGGCAAUGUUCUCUGAAGGUUCUGGGAAUGUUCUCUGAAGGUUAACAAUGGUCCCUAUUCUUAACACACACACAGGAUGGCACAAUUAAAUAUUAACAAUUAAUUCUUAUAUUUAUACCAAUUAUCCCACAGAAUAUUUAAAAAAAAAAAGUAUACUACGUCAUAACUGACUUUGUAUGGGCAAAUAAAAAAUAAAAGUUUCAAUUCUUCCAAGAUGUUCCAACGAAAUUACAGUUAACAAAAAUGACCCGUAAUCCAGUAUAAACUAAUGUAUAGAAUGUAUUUUACAAGUUAAAAUCACAAAUUCUACAGCAAAACGGCAGAGUCAUGUUUUAAUAAAGUGAUAAUGCCCGAGUAGCCGCUGUUUGGAGGAUAUAUUGGCAUGGCCUGAGACCAAGUCAAAUCAUGCCAAAAUCAGCAACUUCGAGGGCAUUAUCACUUUUAUACAACGGGUUACCAACAUAUAUAAAUAAUGAUUGACAUAUUUUCAUUAACAAAAAAAUAUUUUAAUUUAUUCAUGAUAUUUCAUCCUUCCACAAGAUAUAGUCCCGACACAAAUCUAGGGUUGCUACCCAAGCCGCCUGGUCGUUCCUUCUAUCUGUUCAGUUGCCAGAGACGCAACCCAGUCGUGCAGUCUUUUUGUUCUGUAUCUAUGGACUCAACCCAGAUCUAUAUGUUCCAUUGCCAUAUUGGCUGGCAAUGUUCUUAUCCCUUGCUAGCUAGCUAGUCAUGUCAAACAGUGCAGACAGAAAAACAACAAAGUAGCUGCAUUUGUUUGUUGUUUUCUAGUGAUAUUUAUUUGGAUACAUCCAUAACAAUGAGCUAAUGAUGCGCGAUUUUACCUGGCAUAGAAAAUCUGCUCUCUCUCGUCAGGACACUGUUGCUCAAGAGCUAGCCAACAACACAGCUAACACAAUCUUUUUAAACUGAAGCGGGAAAGACUACAAACUAGCUGCACAUUGUUUUGUUAGACAUGUUUUCUAUUGCUAGUUCUUUGUAUAUAUCCAUAAAAAUUAUGUUGAUUUCACGAUUUCGAACUGGCUGAGAAAAGCUGCCUACCCGUCUGUCUCAUCCCAACACUUUCAUUACUAUGGGACAGGUGGGGAUCGAAUUUGAAUAUUGAAACAAUUUAGCAAAUGUCGGAGAGACAGACAGCAAGGUUUAUACAAAUCUCCGAUGUUGAAAACUAGAUGUUAGUCUAAACGAAGUGGGAAAUAAUGUCUACAUGCUUUUUAUAGUGGAGAUCAAGUUUAUAAAUUUCCUGGCUGGGCUGAUGAGACAGAGGAUUGUACAGGAAGAUGGAACAGAGUAAAUAGGCAUUUUAACAUCAGAUUUAGCCGGUGGUAACUUGUGGAAUAGACACAGGCUGGAAUGUGGUUUUAAGCAAUCAGCAUUCAGGAUUAGACCCAUCUGUUUUAUAAGUGUAAAACUAAUGACUCAAUAACCUGCUAUAAAGUCCAAAAGUUUUGGGCGGAGUUAGAAAGUUGUCUGUCUGAUGUAUCAAAAUGUAAAUGUACUUUUAAUCGGUCUGUCUGCAUAUUUCAAGACAUGGCAUACGAAUGAGCAGUGAGAUACCUGACGGGCUGGAUGAUACGUUUCUCAACAACAAUCUUGAAAAAAUGCACACUUAACUGGAAAUCAACCAAUCGUCCAUCACUAACACGAUGGAAAGGUCAAAUAGUUUAUUAUCUAAAUGUUGAAAGUGCGUGGGUGACAGAGAGAAACAAAAUGGUGCAGUUUUAGGCCAUGUGGCAGAAAUUGAUGCUGGUGCUGGAGAUGAAUGGGGGGGUGAGCAGAUAGGUCUGGCCAGAUGUGAUGACAUUGAUGUUUUUGUGCUGUUGUUUGGAUGUGCAUGUUUAGUAUUGUUUUUUAAAAUGUAUCAUUUUAACAGUUAACACAUUUAUAAUUUUAGUUAACAAUUCAGAAAUCUGCAACCUGGUGACUGCCUCAUAAAGCUGGUUGAGAGAAUGCGAAGAGUGUCCAAAGCUGUCAAGUCAAAGGGUGCCUAAAUAUAUCUUUAUUUGUUUAACACUUUUUUGGUUACUACAUGAUUCCAUAUGUGUUAUUUCAUCGUUUUGAUGUCUUCUCUAUUAUUCUACAAUGUAGAAAAUAGUCCAAAUAAAGAAAAACCCUUGAAUGAUUAGGUGUGUCCAAACUUUUGACUGGUACUGUAUAUGAAUGUGUUUUCACAUUUAUUUUUGAAUGUUCCUAAUUUAGAGUCACUGCAGUGUACCUCUAGUGCUGCAGACAUUGUUGUUUUCUGAGCUGACAUUUUUAAUAAAUGUUUAAUAUACUUUAAAUAAAAGUGAGAAUCAAA